CGGAUCUGAUUACCCAAAAAACCUUUAAGCCCAAAGAAAAAUGAAAAAGAAAGUUCUCACGUUUUUCACCCCGACGCCAACUCUCUCAACGAAACCCAAAACUCCAUUUGCUCGUCCCUCCCGGAACCCUAACCUCCGUCUCGUCUUUCUCUUCAUCUUGAAAACCCAAAUCCUUGAAAGCCUAACCUCAUUUGCGUAAAUAUCGUUUUGUGGAGUUCCAUUCUUUUCGUUGGGUUAAUCAAUGUCUUGGUGCAGUAUGUAAUCUGUUACUUUUUUUUCAAGAAUUUCAGAGGUAGCUUUCAGGAUUUAACAAGACACAGCCUGGAGGUUUCUAGAGUUACUAGUGAUUGUUGCUCACCUUUCAACCUUCCAUUGAAAAAACAUAACAAAGAGGAUUUGGAAAUGAUGAGCAUGAGAAGAAUGAAGUUGACAUCAGAAAAUCCUCUUUUUACACUUGAAGGUUAAAGGGAACAGAUAAUAAACAAGAUUACCAAGCAGACAUGUUCUCCUUGUUUUAUGGACUUUGGAAGUAUCUCUUCAGUAAGGCAGAGUUUCAUGUUCUUAUUCUUGGAAUUGACAAGGCUGGGAAAACAACUUUACUUGAGAAGUUGAAGGCUCUAUACUCGAACUUGGAAGGCCUCCCUCCUGAUCGAAUUCUUCCAACUGUGGGACUCAAUAUUGGUCGUGUUGAAUUGUCAAAUACAAAACUUGUGUUCUGGGACCUGGGAGGUCAGCCCGGUCUUCGUUCAAUUUGGGAGAAAUAUUAUGAAGAGGCACAUGCUGUGGUAUAUGUAAUUGAUGCUUCUUGCCCAUCACGUUUUGAAGAUUCAAAAUCAGCACUGGAAAAAAUUCUCCGGCAUGAGGAUUUGCAAGGAGCUCCUCUUUUAAUAUUAGCAAACAAGCAGGAUCUUGGUGAUGCUGCAUCCUCUGAAGAAAUAGCCCGGUACCUAGAUCUCAAAAAAUUGGAUGAAAGGGUUUACAUGGUUGAAGCUGUUUCAGCAUAUGACGGGAUGGGGAUUAAAGAGAGUGUAGACUGGCUGGUUAAGGUUAUGGAGAGAAGCAAGAGAACCGAAAUGUUGAGAGUUCGAGCAGGUGUGACGAGCCCAGCCACUGCUUAGAAAAUAGUAUAUAAACUCACUUGUGUCUUUCAGUGCUUCUGUAACUUGUACAGAUAACCGGAGCUUGAGCUUUCAUCUUGCAUGAUCAAAUUUUUUUCAUACAUCUUUGGCUAGUGUUGCUCCCUUGUUGGUAUUAAUUUAAUGUGAAAUUGCUUUUAAAUAAGGGAUUUCGGGUGAAAA